UGUCUCCACAGGUGUGAUACACAGCAAUUUAUUUUUGUCUCCACAGGUGUGAUACACAGCAACUUAAGUGUCAAAAAGUCAGACAUUUUUUGUCAAGAAGUCUGGAUUUUUUCUAGGUGUCAAAAAGUCAGGAUUUUUUCAGUGUCAAAAAAAAUUGAUAGUUUUUUUCUAAGUCUCAAAAAGUCGGAAAUUUCUUUGUCAAAAAGUCAUGAUUUCUUCUAAGUCUCAAAAAGUCUACAUUUUUUUCCAAGUGUCAAAAAGUCGGACAUUUUUUUGUCAAAAAGUCAAGAUUUUUUGUGAGUUUCAAAAAGUCAGGAUUUUUUCAAAGUGUCAAAAAGUCAGGAUUUUGUUCGUCAAAAAGUCUGAAUUUUUUUCAAAGUGUCAAAAAGUCGAGAUUUUUUGAAAGUGUCAAAGUCGAGAUUUUUUUAAAAAGUGUCAAAAAGUCAGGAUUUCUUCAAAGUGUCAAAAAGUCGCACAUUUUUCCAAAUGUCAAAAAGUCAAGAUUUUUUGUAAUCGUCAAAAAGUCAGAAACAUUUUUGUCAAAAAGUUUGGAUUUUUUUCUAAGUGUCAAAAAGUCAGAGAUGUUUUUGUCAAAAAUUUGGGAUAUUUUCCAAGUGUCAAAAAGUCAGCAUUUUUUGUAAGUGUCCAAAAGUCGGGAUUUUUCUUUUGUCAAAAAUUCUGGAUUUUUUCUACAGUGUCAAAAAGUCUGACAUUUUUAGUAAAAAUGUCUGAAUUUUUUUGUAAGUGUCAACAAGUCGGGAUUUGUUCUCAGUGUCAAAAAGUCGGACAUUUUAUUGUCAAAAAAUGGGGAUGAAAGUGUCAAAAAAUCCUGACUUUUUGACACUUACAAAAAAUGUCAGACUUUUUGACAAUUAUUAUUUUAGUCUCCACAGGUGUGAAACAUUUUUUGUCCUCACAGGUGUGAUAAAUUUUAGUCUCCACAGGUGUGAUACAUUUUAGUCUCCACAGGUGCGAUACAUUUUUGUCUCCACAGGUGUGAUACAUUUUUGUCUCCACAGGUGUGAUACAUUUUAGUCUCCACAGGUGCGAUACAUUUUUGUCUCCACAGGUGUGAUACAUUUUUGUCACCACAGGGUUGAUACAUUUUUGUCUCCACAGGUGUGAUACAUUUUAGUCUCCACAGGUGCGAUACAUUUUUGUCUCCACAGGUGUGAUACAUUUUUGUCUCCACAGGUGUGAUACAUUUUAGUCUCCACAGGUGUGAUACAUUUUUGUCUCCACAGGUGUGAUACAUCUUAGUCUCCACACGGGUGAUACAUUUUUGUCUCCACAGGUGUGAUACAUUUUAGUCUCCACAGGGGUGAUACAUUUUAGUCUCCACAGGUGUGAUACAUGUUUGUCUCCACAGGUGUGAUACAUUUUUGUCUCCACAGGUGUGAUACAUUUUUGUCUCCACAGGUGUGAUACAUGUUUGUCUCCACAGGUGUGAUACAUUUUAGUCUCCACAGGGGUGAUACAUUUUAGUCUCCACAGGUGUGAUACAUUUUAGUCUCCACAGGUGUGAUACAUUUUUGUCUCUACAGGUGUGAUACAUUUUUGUCCUCACAGGUGUGAUACAUUUUUUGUCCCCACAGGUGUGAUACAUUUUUUGUGUCCACAGGUGUGAUACAUUGUGAUACACCAUGUUCAAACAUAAGGGUGUCCAUAUGUGCACUCGGCACCAGGACAUCGUAGGCCGCAGUUCCAUGAUUGACUUUGUAGUUGUGUCAUCGGAUUUGCGGCCUCAUUAUUUUGGACACUCGGGUAAAGAGAGGGGCGGAGCUUUAUACCCAUAACCCCCUGGUGGUGAGUUGGCUGCGAUGGUGGGGGAGGAUGCCAGACAGACCUGGAAGGCCCAAACGCGUUUUGAGGGUCUGCUGGGAACGUCUGGCAGAGUCUCCUGUCAGAGAAAGUUUCAAUUCCCAACUCUGGAAGAACUUUGAACAUGUCACGAGGGAGGUGCUGGAUAUUGAGUCCGAGUGGACCAUGUUCUGCAACUCUAUUGUCAAGGCGGCUGAUUGGAGUUGUGCCCGCAAGGUAGUUGGUGCCUGUCGGGGCGGUAAUCCUAAAACCCGUUGGGGGACACCGGCGGUGAGGGAUGCCGUCAAGCUGAAGAAGGAGUCCUAUCGGGUUCUUUUGGCUCAUAGGACUCCGGAGGCAGUGGACAGGUACCGACAGGCCAAGCGGUGUGCGGAUUCAGCGGUUGCGGAGGCAAAAACUCGGACAUGGGAGGAGUUCGGGGAAGCCAUGGAAAACGACUUCCGGACGGCUUCGAAGCGAGUCUGGACCACCAUCCGCCGCCUCAGGAAGGGGAAGCAGUGCACUGUCAACACCGUGUAUGGUGCGGAUGGUGUUCUGCUGACCUCGGCCGUUGAUGUUGUGGAUCAAUGGAGGGAAUACUUUGAAGACAUCCUCAAUCCGCCCAGAGUUCCUUAAGGCUCUGGAUGCUGUGGGGCUGUCUUGGUUGACAGGACUUUGCAGCAUUGCGUGGACAUCGGGGGCGGUACCUCUGGAUUGGCAGACCGGGGUGGUGGUUCCUCUUUUAAAGAAGAUAAACCGGAGGGUGUGUUCCAACUAUCGUGGGAUCACACUCUUCAGCCUUCUCGGUAAGGUCUAUUCAGGUGUACUGGAGAGGAGGCUGCGCCGGAUAGUCGAACCUCGGACAGUGUGGUUUUCGUCCUGGUCGUGAAACCCUGGAGCAGCUUUAUACUCACGGCAGGGUUCUUGAGAGUGCAUGGGAGUUUGCCCAACCAGUCUACAUGUGCUUUAUGGACUUGGAGAAGGCAUUCGACCGUGUCCCUCGGGAAGUCCUGUGGGGAGUGCUCAGAGAGUAUGGGGUAUCGGACUGUCUUAUUGUGGCAGUCCGAUCCCUGUACGAUCAGUGUCAGAGCUUGGUCCGAAUUGCUGGCAGUAAGUCGGACACAUUUCCUGUGAGGGUUGGACUCCGCCAAGGCUGUCCUUUGUCACCCAUUCUGUUCAUAACUUUUAUGGACAGAAUUUCUCGGCGCAGUCAAGGCGUUGAGGGGUUCCGGUUUGGUGGCUGCAGGAUUAGAUCUCUGCUUUUUGCAGAUGAUGUGGUCCUGAUGGCUUCAUCUGGCCAAGAUCUUCAGCUCUCACUGAAUCGGUUCGCAGCCGAGUGUGAAGCGACUAGGAUGAGAAUCAGCACCUCUAAGUCAGAGUCCAUGGUUCUCGCCCGGAAAAGGGUGGAGUGCCAUCUCCGGGUUGGGGAGGAAAUCUUGCCCCAAGUGGAGGAGUUCAAGAAACCUCAGAGUCUUGUUCACGAGUGAGGAAAGAUUGGAUCGGGAGAUCGACAGGCGGAUCGGUGCGGCGUUUUCAGUAAUGCGGACGCUGUAUCGAUCUGUUGUGGUGAAGAAGGAGCUGAGCCGGAAGGCAAAGCUCUCAAAUUACCGGUCGAUAUACCUUCCCAUCCUCACCUAUGGUCAUGAGCUUUGGGUCAUGACUGAAAGGACAAGAUCACGGGUACAAGCGGCCCAAAUGAGUUUGGGUCUCUCCCUUAGAGAUAGGGUGAGAAGCUCUGCCAUCCGGGAGGAACUCAAAGUAAAGCCGCUGCUCCUCCACAUGGAGAGGAGCCAGAUGAGGUGGUUCGGGCAUCUGGUCAGGAUGCCACCCGAAUGCCUCCUUAGGGAGGUGUUUGGGGCACAUACAACUGGUAGGAGGCCACAGGGAAGACCCAGGACACUUUGGGAAGACUAUGUCUCCCGGCUGGCCUGGGAACGCCUCGGGAUCCCCCGGGAAGAGCUGGACCAAGUGGCUGGGGAGAGGGAAGUCUGGGCUUCCCUGCUUAGGCUGCUGCCCCUGUGACCCGACCUCGGAUGAGCGGAAGAAGAUGGAUGGAUGGAUGGAUGAAUGGAAGGUGUGAUACAUUUUUGUUU